AUGCUCCUCAGCCAGCUGGUCCCGAUGCUGUGCUUCCUAUGGCCCGCCAUCGCCUUGCCUCUCGCACCUGGGAAUAUUGGAAAUGUGUUUGGAAUGCAAGAGAGCGACGGUAGGAUUCUGCAGCGCUCCAAGCGGGGAUGGAUGUGGAAUCAAUUCUUUCUGAUGGAGGAAUACACCGGAAAUGAUAAGCAGUACGUCGGCAAGCUCCACUCCAACAUGGACAAAGACGACGGCACCGUCAAGUACGUCCUGACGGGAGACGGCGCCGGAACGUUGUUUGUGAUCGACGAAAAGUCCGGCGACAUCCACGCCACCAAGAAACUGGACCGCGAGGAGAAGUCCAUGUACACGCUCCACGCCAAAGUACUGGAUCGCAUCACCAACCAAGAAAUGGAGCCCGACACCGAGUUUAACAUCAAGAUCCACGACAUCAAUGACAACGCGCCGAAAUUUGAGCGUAACAUCUAUUUUGCCAGCGUCCCGGAGAUGUCGGAUGUCGGUACUUCAGUAGCCACCAUAACGGCGACGGAUGCUGACGACCAAACGUACGGCAACAGUGCCAAGCUGGUCUACAGCAUUCUGCAGGGACAGCCUUACUUUUCCGUGGAUUCCGAGAACGGCACCAUUAAGACAGCACUUCCCAGCAUGGACCGGGAGGUCAAGGAGAAUUACCAGGUGGUGAUCCAGGCUAAGGACAUGGCCGGACAGAUGGGGGGUCUCUCGGGGACCACCACGGUCAGCAUUACCCUCUCCGACGUCAAUGACAGUCCGCCCCGCUUUGCCAACCAUUCCUUCCGCAUCAGCGCCUUGGAAUCCACAGAGAUCGGCGGUGCCAUCGGCCGCAUCAAAGCCGAAGAUCCCGAUUUAGGCCGCAACGCCGAGAUGGAGUACAGCGUGGUGGAAGGCGACGACAACUUUAACAUUAUCACGGACAAAGCCACCCAAGAAGGCAUCAUCAUUGUCAAAAGGGCGCUCGAUUACGAAAGCAAGCGAGACUACGAGUUUAAGGUUGAGGUGAGGAACACGUACCUGGAUGCCAGGUACAUCCAGGGUCUGAAGUUCAAGGACUUCGCCACCGUCAAGGUGACGGUAGAGGACGUGGACGAACCCCCCGUUUUCACCCGCAAUCCUUACGUCAUUGAGGUUCACGAGGACACGGCCGCCGGCAGCUUUGUGGGCGUGGUGUCAGCCCGGGACCCCGACGCUGAUAACAAGAUGGUCAAAUACUCCAUCGAUCGUCACACGGAUCUCGAGAGGCUCUUCAACAUCGAUUCGUCCAAUGGCACUAUUACAACCCGGAAAGCUUUGGAUAGAGAAAUAUCCAAAUGGCACAACAUCUCCGUGAUGGCUUUGGAAAUGAACAACCCACGUCAGAUUGCCCGUGUACCGGUAUUCAUCAAAGUGCUGGACGUAAACGACAACGCCCCGGAGUUCGCCAUGUCCUACGACACGUUUGUCUGCGAGAAUGUCAAAGCAGGACAGUUGAUUCAGACCAUCAGUGCUGUCGAUACAGACGAGCCCCUGGUCGGACACAAGUUUGUCUUCAGUAUAAAGGCGGACAAUCCGAACUUUACCAUAAGUGACCAAGAUGAUAACACCGCCAAUAUCCUGACCCGACGCGGAGGCUUCAGCCGGCGCGAGAUGAGCGUCUAUUUUCUGCCAGUGGUAAUCUCGGACAACGAUUACCCCAUCCAGAGCAGCACCAGCACGUUGAUCGUGCGUGUUUGCGCCUGCGAUAGCCGUGGCAACAUGCAGUCCUGCAAUCCUGAGGUGCUGCCCUUCUCUGACGGGCUCACCACCGGCGCCCUAGUGGCUAUAUUACUCUGCGUCAUUAUUCUACUCAUGAUCGUGGUUCUCUUUGCCGCCCUGAAGAGGCAAAGGAAGAAAGAGCCUCUGAUUAUCUCCAAAGAUGACGUCCGGGACAACGUGGUCAGCUACAACGACGAAGGCGGCGGCGAGGAAGACACGCAGGCUUUCGACAUAGGGACGCUACGCAACCCCGAGGUGAUGGAUGCUAACAAGUUACGCAGAGACAUCAUCCCCGAAAUGCUGUUUUCCUUUCGGAGGACAUCGCCCAUAAAAGAUAACACAAACGUCAGAGACUUCAUCAACGGGAGGCUUCAAGAGAACGAUUCCGACCCGACCGCGCCCCCUUAUGACUCGCUGGCCACGUACGCUUACGAAGGCAGCGGCUCGCUAGCGGAAUCGCUCAGUUCGCUGGAGUCCACCGCCACCGAGGGGGACCAGGAUUAUGAUUACCUCAGCAGCUGGGGACCGCAGUUCAAGAAGCUGGCAGAAAUGUACAUCGGAAGAAGUCCGGGACGGGAGACCUAGAGGGAGCCUGACCCCGUUUUUCCAGUUGUUUGUUUGCAAGCUAGCCGGGCACGCUCCUUGUCCCGCUAGCCUGCGAACUAGCAAGUGUACCGUCAGCCUACCUAUGUAUCAAGCUAAUUAUCUAUUCAUGUCCGAUGCGCUAGCUAGUGCGCUAGUCCGCAAUUUGUCUGUUUGACUCGCACACGUGCACGUACUUGCACACACGUGCGUUGAAGGCCACUGGGAAUUCAAACUUGACCGUGACGGUCCAGUUUUCCAAGUUUUACUGUUUCUGGUUAAAAAUAAGUAAUGAUGCCUUUUGACUUUUAGGACUUUUUUGUGAACAUGGCGUGGAAAUGUGAUUUGUAACCGAGCAGAGCGAUAGCAGUAUUGUAUACUCUCAAUGUUUAAUGGCACUGGAUUGUGUUUGGGAGCCCAGUCACUCCAUGGAAAAAAUUGUACAUGUACAAAGUGUUUUGAAACAUUCUAUAUAAUCUUUGCUAUUAUUUGUCUGACGAGCAAUGUCCGUGUGAACGGUUGGUGCAGUUUAUUUGUCGAACUGGAGUCAUUUCAUUCUGUAGGCGUAACAUGUAACCAGAAAGUGUAAGUUGUAGGAAAACACUGGAUUCAUGCUACUUGAAUGCCGAGUCAUAUUGUUUUAUAUUUAUAUUUUUCUACUUAUUUUUAAUAAUAAAAUGAAGAAAAAGUUGC